AACAAGGACACAAGAGCAGGCGAGACGCCAACAAGAGGACGCUAGACGGAUUGCACAUUUCAAUUUGACAUUUUUUUCCACACAGACCGACGGGCUCCGCCAUGCGAUCCUGUGCUUUGCUCGUGUGUCUGCUCUGGGGCUUCAGCACCAUGCGGGACGGAUGGAGCCUUCCCCUCAAGUCGGUCCAUGUCACGUUUCCAGGAGAUAUCAUCAAAAAUAUGACUGAUAUGGAGCUGGCACAAAAUUAUCUGACCAGAUUUGGCUACUUGGAGAACCUGAAGCGCAGCAGCUUCCAGUCAAUCGUGUCCACCUCCAAGGCCUUGAAGCGUAUGCAGCAGCAUAUGGGCCUGGAAGAGACGGGUCAGCUGGACUCGGCCACCCUGGAGGCCAUGAAGCAGCCGCGCUGUGGCGUUCCCGACGUGGCCAACUACAAAACAUUUGACGGAGACGUCAAAUGGGACCACAAUGACGUCACUUACAGGAUCUUGAACUACUCUCCAGACUUGGAUAUCAUCCUGACUGAUGACGCAUUUGCCAGAGCUUUCAAGGUUUGGAGUGAUGUCACCCCACUAACGUUCACUCGCCUAUUUGAAGGGACGGCGGAUAUCAUGGUGUCGUUUGGAAAAGACGACCACGGCGACCCAUACCCGUUUGACGGUAAGGAUGGCCUCCUGGCACACGCAUACCCCCCGGGCAAGGGAAUCCAGGGAGACGCCCACUUCGAUGACGAUGAAAACUGGACGCUGGGAAAAGGAGCCGUGGUGAAGACUCGUUAUGGGAAUGCCGAGGGGGCCAUUUGCCAUUUCCCGUUCACUUUUGAGGGCAAAUCCUACACGACGUGCACUACCGAUGGCCGCACGGACAACCUCCCGUGGUGCUCCACCACCGCUGAUUUCGGCAGAGACAAAAAAUACGGCUUCUGUCCGAGUGAACUUCUGUACACUUUUGGAGGGAAUGCCGACGCCGCCCCCUGCAUCUUCCCAUUCAUCUUCCAAGGAAAGGAGUACAGCAGCUGUACAAUGGAGGGCCGCGAAGACCGGUACCGCUGGUGUGCCACCACAGAAAACUUUGACCAGGACAAGAAAUAUGGAUUUUGUCCCAGUCAAGACACUGCCGUAUCCGGUGGGAACUCAGAGGGAGAGCCGUGCCACUUCCCGUUCACCUUCCUGGGCAGAGAGUACGACGCAUGCACCAGCGAGGGCCGCGGCGACGGCAGGCUGUGGUGUGCCACCACCGCCAGCUUCGACAGUGACAAAAAAUGGGGCUUCUGUCGCGAUCAAGGUUACAGCCUGUUCUUGGUGGCUGCCCAUGAGUUCGGACACGCGCUCGGUCUGGAUCACUCCAACAUUCGACAGGCGCUCAUGUACCCUAUGUAUGUUUACGUGGAGAACUUCUCCCUGCACAAAGAUGACAUUGCAGGCAUUCAGUAUCUCUACGGACGCAGAGAAGGCCCAGCUCCUACACCCCCUAGACCUGACACCCCUACCACCACCACCCCGGUUGUACCUGUGCCAACUACCACCACCCCAAAACCUGUGGAUCCAACAACCAAAGACGUUUGCAAAGUGAACAAAUUUGACACCAUUACAGUCAUUAAAAACAAUUUAUAUUUCUUCAGUGAUGGAUAUUACUGGAUGAAAUCCAGCAGAGAUGAUAGUGGUGAGCUCAAAGGUCCAUUUCGAGUUUCUGAGCGUUGGCCAGCACUGCCAACAAUCAUUGAUGCUGCCUUUGAAGACCUUCUCACCGGGAAACUGUAUUUCUUCUCUGGGCGGCAGUUCUGGGUGUAUACUGGACAGAGUGUUCUGGGCCCCCGCAGCAUUGACAAGCUCGGCCUCCCAGCCAGCGUGACGAUGGUAGCGGGAGCGCUGCAGAGGGGAAAAUCCAAUGUGUUGCUAUUCAGUGGGGAGGAAUACUGGAGGCUUGAUGUGAAAACCCAGAUGGUUGAAAGGGGCUACCCACGAUACACACAUACUGUCUUUGGCGGAGUGCCCAGCGAGCCUCACGAUGUCUUCCAGUUCAAAGGUCACAUCUACUUUUACUGGGACCGCUUCUACUGGCGCAUGACGUCCCGCAAGCAGGUGGACCGCGUGGGCUACAUCAAAUACGACCUGCUGAAGUGUUCCGAUUCUUGAAGCGCUCGCUCGGUCAGGAUGGGAUCGGAACACGUUUAGAAUCAGGGAGAGCGUAAAUCAGUGUUUACGUGCGGUGCCUGAUGACUUCCUGGGUUAUUCAUAGGCCGGCCAUCGCUGGUGCGACACAACAUUGUAUUGGCCUUUAACGCAUGUAAACAGCACAGCCCUUGAUGUGAUCAUAUGUGAAAUUAUGGAACAAUAACAGCCAACAUUGAAGGCCAAUCAUUUAAGACCUACCGUAUAUGGGUCCAAUUCCAGGUUGUUUGAAUAAUUUAUACAGCAAGUGUCUGACAGGUGCAGACUUUUAACAGUAUUUGAUUUUUUUGUCAUCUGUAUAAUUAUCUUAUUUUUGUGUUUUUAGUAUUUGUGUCUUUCUUUUUUUUUUUUAAAAAAGGCUUCAAAGCCAGUAUUUGCACUGAAUUACAAUGCAUGGCUCUUUCACUUUAAAUUAUUUGUUUUCUCAACUUCCAAUGCAAUAAAGAUUCAGCCAAUUAAUAAAAAAAAUAGUAAGUGUA